UCAUGAGCAAAUGUACUACAAGUUUAAACUUAACACUAGCUAUUUUGUUCCUGUAACUUUAUAUAUCUAUAGUAUCAAAGGCUCAAAUUAGUUUCGAAGAUUUCAUGAAGAAGAAAGCCCCUCAAAAUAAACCCUCCAAGAAGAAGGAGGCCUCUGGGAAGAAAAUUAUGAUAAUGAAGCCAAAGACGACUGCUAAGUCUAAAAAUAAAGAUACGCUUAAGGUUAAAAAUACAUAAAAUCCUUAAAUAUUCCCAAAAAUAGCACAUCUCAGGACUGUGCUGUUAAAAUGUCAAUAAUUAAGGAAGAAACCAAGGAAUUUGAGUCUGAAGGGGAGGUAGAAGAACAUGGGGCUCCUAACAGCCAGCCACAUUGUAAAGAACCUGAUCAGCCUGACAAAGAACUAGGGGAGAGUAUGACUGGUCAGACCCAUAAAUCCAAUAAGAUGAAAAAUAAGUUUGGGGCUAAUAAUUCUAGCCCAGUUGGUGCAUCGAGGAUUGCUGGGAGUCAAUCAGAUGAAAAAGAUGACUAUAAUGAGAAGAUUCAUAAAUUUACAAAGAGAAUUUCUAAAGAAAUAAGAGUUACUGAAGAAAAUAUUUUAAUGGAAAUGUACUUGGAUGAUAAAAAUGAGAUGCAAAACCUAAAUAAAACUCCAACAUUUCAGACUCCUCUUUCAGAAGAUAUUUGCUGAGGGAAAUCAAGGAAUGGAAUACAGUACAAAAGUCAAGUCAUUCAUAAAGUAUCUGAAAUUUUGGAGAAUAAUCAGCUUUUGGUGUUCCCUCAAAGUCUUCCUAUUAGAUCUAAAACAUCAAGGAUACUAAAAGGAGUUGCUAAAUUUCAAGAAAAAUUUUAUAUUUCAGGUUCUUCUUUGAGCAAACAUGAUAAGAAGACAAGCUCCAUGAUGUCUGGCAAGAAGAACUUAAAAUCUCAUCAAACUUCAAAGGACUUGGUUCAAAAUCUAAAUAAUAAUGAGCUAAACAAAGAUGUUGAUCGACAUACCAACACUGAACUCUUGAGUAACACAAAAAUUCAGCCGAAGAAGAUGAAGGGUUCAUCUGAGGAAGAACCUCAAAGAGUCCCAGGGCCUAAAUAACUCCCAGGGGUCAGCUAUAGCCACUGUAAAACAUGUUGAAAUUAAAAAGAGAUUUAAUUCACUUGAGAGUAGGAAGGAUGGUUCUGAAUGACCAAAAAUUUCACAAGUAAGCCCUGUGACAUCCUUCCAGUCAAGAUUCGCAACUCCUAACACUAAUGUGAGGAUGAACGAGAGGCUCAGGAUCUUCAUGAAGCCCCCAAUUCCAAGUUUGAAAGAGCUUCGAGAGAGGUCAAGAAGGAUCGGGAAGCCUCCUCUGAGAAGCAAGGAAUUAGGCUUAAAGAUUUCCAAAACUUUGGAUAAGAGUGACGACCAAAAGAUCGACCCGAUGCUUAGAAUGUACCAGAAGUUCAAGAAGAAGUUGACAUGUAAGCCUAAGACCAGCCAGAUGAACUCCUCCAGUCUGCCUGAUAUUAGUGCAAGGAAUUGCAUCACUGAAGAUAUAAGUUAUGACGAUUAUUCCAAGUUACGUAAAAAAGGAUGGGAUGGCUCCUUGAGUCAUAAAUUAUUCUCAGGACUUGCAAAACGACUUAGGAUUAAGAGAUAUGCUGAACUAGCCAAGAAAAACCACACUCCUCAUCAGAGUCAAGCCAAGAAAAGAGAGUUGAGGGAGCGGAUAAAGGCUUUGAAACAAGCUCAAAAGAAGAAGAAAUCUGUUCAUAAAUACAAGCUUCGACAUUUUAAAAGAGUUAGGCUAGAUGAACUUCCGCAAAGUGUAAAAUCCAGGGAUUUCAGCUUAAAAAUGGACUAAUUUAUCUAGAAUAAGUCAAAAAUC